AUGUCUACUGGUGCCGCGAAUCUCGAGUCGGCUGAAGCGGCAGUGGCCGAUUUCCCUGGCACCCAGAAGGGUCUCGUCGACGAAAAGACACCAGAGAACCUCAAAGGCGGUGCUCAUGCCUCGGAUUCCGACACUUCGGACAAUAUCCUCGUUGGUCCAAAUGGAGAACAGUACCCAUCAGACGAAGAUCUGAAAACUUUGAGGCGCACUCAAGGGCAUGUUCCCUGGUUACUCUACACCAUUGCCUUUGUCGAAAUGUGCGAACGAUUUGCUUAUUAUGGCACCACUAUCGUUUUCAAUAACUAUAUCAAUUGGCCUCUACCCGAAGGAUCGACCACUGGAUCAGCGGGAACCGAUGGACAGGCGGGGGCACUUGGUUAUGGAUCGCAAGCGGCCACCGGAUUGACUCUCUUCAACUCCUUCUGGUCCUAUGUGAUGCCGAUGCUCGGUGGCUACAUGGCAGAUACCUAUUGGGGGCGAUACAAGACAAUUAACAUUGCCAUUUGGAUCGCCACCUUUGGCCACGUAAUCAUUCUGAUAUCCUCCGUCCCGGGAGUUGUCGAGCACUCAGAUGCCGCGUUGGGAGUCUUCUGCCUGGGAUUGAUUUUCUUUGGCAUCGGUGUGGGCUUCUUCAAGUCCAACAUUUCUCCUCUCAUCGCCGAACAAUACGAAGCAGCCCACCCGCGGGCCAUUGUCGUCACCGAACCCUCCGGCGAAAGAGUCAUCCAUGACCCUGUCAUGACCAUCUCCCGCAUCUACAUGAGAUAUUAUUUCUUCAUCAAUGUCGGCGCUCUCGCUGGACAGAUCUCCAUGGUUUAUGCGGAGAAAUAUGUUGGCUUCUGGCUGGCUUAUCUCUUGCCAACACUCCUGUUCCUCUUUACCCCUGUCGUCAUGAUCUGGGCCCGAAACAAGUACGUCCGACGUCCUCCAACGGGCUCCGUCCUUGGAAAGGCCCUGCACCUCACCGGCUUCGCCAUGAAGGGCCAAUGGAAUUUGAAUCCCAAGAAAUGCCUCGACAACUUCCGUAGCGAUGCGACUUGGAACAAUGCAAAGCCGAGCAAUGUCGCUUCCAAGCCUUCUUGGAUGACAUUCGACGAUGCGUGGGUCGAUGAGGUCCGGCGAGGUUUCGCGGCUUGUGGUGUCUUCGUUUUCCUCCCAAUCUAUUGGCUCAGUUACUCCCAGAUGACGAAUAACUUGAUCACUCAGGCUGGUACCAUGAGGCUGGAUGGCGUGCCGAACGACAUUGUUACCAAUCUCGAUCCUAUCGCUCUCCUGAUCUUCAUUCCUAUCUGUGACAAGUUUGUCUACCCCCUAUUGCUCCGAAAAGGCAUUAGGUUCACGCCUAUCAAGAGAAUUACCGCGGGUUUCGGAUUUGGCACCUUGUCCAUGGUGGUUGCGGCUAUAAUUCAACAUUACAUCUACGUCAAAGCACCUUGUGGGAAUAAUGCUACUGAUGUAGAUUGUAUCGCAGAACUUGGUCCGCCGGAUUUGAGUGUUUGGGUCCAGACUCCCGCUUACGUCCUGAUCGCUUUCUCUGAGAUCUUUGCAUCCAUUACCAGUCUCGAGUACGCCUUCACAAAGGCACCCAAGAACAUGCGCUCUUUCGUCACCGGCUUAUACUGGUUCACCAACGCUUUCUCCAGUGCCAUCGGACAAGCUUUUGUUCCCCUUGCGGUCGACCCAUUGUUCACCUGGCUGUACACGGCGAUUGCCGGCAUCAGUUUCGUGGGUAUGAUUGUAUUCUGGUUUACCUUUAGAAAAUUGGACAAGGAGGAAGAUGCGUUGAACGCGCUGCCAGAGAGCACUUAUCAAGGAAGGAAAGGUAGCAUCAUAGAUGUCGAAGCAAUCCGGGAAGAACAAAUCAGACAAGAGAAGAUCAGGACUGCGCAGGGGCUUGCACACACUGGUCCCACCGCACCUCCGAAGUAG